UCUAGUUUGUUCAUUACUCUGCUAGUUCACUCAAUAUCCGCAUUGAAAAUGUCGACUACAUUGCACUCUCCACUCUCCUAUGCUUUCUCCUCCUCCCGCUCCUCUUCAGCUUCUCAGGAGAGGAAACUGAAAUUCGCAGCUCAGUCUACGAAACCGAGUCUCUCCUUCAAUUCGAAGCCAUGCUUUCCUGUCAUCCGAGCUUCUGCUGGAUUCUCUUCUUCACUGGACACAGGUUUGACUACUGAAUUGGAUGCGGUCACGAAUUACAGUGAGAUCGUUCCAGAUACUGUAGUUUUCGAUGAUUUCGAGAAGUUCCCACCAACUGCUGCUACUGUUAGCUCAUCUCUACUCUUAGGCAUCUGCAGCCUUCCUGAUACCAAAUUCAAGAGUGCUGUGGACACUGCUUUAGCAGAUCAGGAGUGUUAUGGGUUGGAGGACAAGGAUGCACGAAUGUCUUGUUUCUUUAACAAGGCAUUGGUCAAUGUUGGUGGUGAUCUAGCAAAACUUGUGCCUGGUCGUGUUUCUACUGAAGUUGAUGCUCGUCUUGCAUAUGACACGCAUGGCAUUGUUCUAAAGGUGCAUGACCUCUUGAAGUUGUACAAUGGGAUUGAAAUUCCUCCAGAGAGGUUGCUGUUCAAAAUCCCUGCAACUUGGCAAGGGAUUGAGGCAUCAAGGUUGCUGGAAGCUGAGGGCAUACAGACCCAUUUGACUUUCGUUUACAGUUUUUGUCAGGCUGCAGCAGCUGCUCAAGCUGGUGCUUCUGUCAUUCAGAUUUUUGUUGGUCGGCUGAGGGAUUGGGCACGGAACCAUUCUGGUGACUCUGAAGUAGAAGGUGCACUUCGAAGAGGAGAAGAUCCUGGAUCUGCUCUGGUGACAAAAGCUUAUAACUACAUCCACAAAUAUGGGCAUAAAUCGAAGUUGAUGGCAGCGGCUAUUCGGAACAAGCAGGAUGUCUAUAGCAUUCUGGGGGUUGAUUACAUUGUUACCCCACUAAAGAUAUUGCAGUCUCUUAAAGAAUCUGUAACUCCCCCAGAUGAGAAGUACUCUUUUGAAAGAAGGCUGUCCCCACAAUCAGCUGCUGCCUAUAACUUUACCAAAGAGGAGGUUGUGACGUGGGAUCAAUAUAGCUUCGCCUCAGCUAUGGGACCGGCUGCUGUGGAGCUUCUGACUGCUGGAAUGGAAGGGUAUAGCAAUCAGGCAAAGCGGGUGGAAGAGUUGUUUGGGAAGAUAUGGCCACCACCAAAUGUAUGAUGCGUAGUUCCAGUUGUCAAAAAAUAAUGCUCCUCAUCUCUAGUUUCUUUUAUAAAAUGAUCAGAUCAACAAAAAAUGGGAGAGACAGAGACUAGCUUUCAAUUGUCUUUAUUUGACAUUGGGAGACCAUGUUAUAUUGUUAUUGAUCACAUUUUGUUGCUGUGCUGUUUUUGCCGUGAAUGCCGAAUACAGACCGAUCCUUGCCUCCUUGGUUGUCC